GACGGGGUAAGUUUGCGUACUCGUAAUUGGCCCAUGAGUUUUUUAAUCCGUAAUUUAGCUUUACAUUGUGGGUUCAGCACAAGCGGAAGUGACGGUGGGUCUUCUUUUUUGAAUUCCUGAGCCAUGGCCGACGACAAGCCCUCUCUCACUCGCUGGACCUUUCAGGACUUCAAGUUGUUUUAUGAUGUAAAAUUUGGUCGUAAAAAGGAGCCGGAGCAGCAAAAGCAAGCAGAUAUCAGAGAAGUCAGUAAUGGGCAGCACUCGACUGGAGUAAUUCAAGAUAAUGGUAACACAAAAAGCUCAUCAGAUAUGGCUGUUUAUGAGCAGCACAGGAAUAAGGAGAUGAAUAAUGCUCGAAAGCAUAUUAAUGGGGCUCUUCCAGAUGAAUCAGUAGAAAGGAUGCAAAUACCUUUGCUUCCUGCUUUCGAAUCUGUUGAAACACGGGCCUUGGCAGAGAGUUUAAGUAGGGAUAUUAUUCGUGGGAGCCCAGAUGUAAAAUGGGAAAGCAUCAAGGGUUUAGAGAAAUGCAAACGCCUUCUAAAAGAAGCAGUUGUGAUGCCAAUUAAGUAUCCAAAGUACUUCACCGGUCUUUUAUCACCUUGGAAAGGGAUUCUGCUUUUUGGGCCUCCAGGAACCGGAAAGACUAUGCUUGCAAAAGCUGUUGCAACAGAAUGCAAGACUACUUUUUUCAACAUCUCUGCUUCAUCUGUUGUCAGUAAAUGGCGUGGUGAUUCAGAAAAGUUGAUCAAAGUAUUAUUUGAGCUUGCUAGGCAUCACGCACCAUCAACCAUAUUUCUUGAUGAGAUCGAUGCGAUAAUAAGUCAGCGCGGUGAAGGACGAAGUGAACAUGAAGCUAGUAGGCGCUUGAAAACAGAGUUACUCAUACAAAUGGAUGGUUUGACAAAGACAGAUGAGCUGGUGUUUGUUUUGGCAGCCACAAAUUUGCCAUGGGAGUUGGAUGCUGCCAUGCUCCGGCGUCUUGAAAAACGUAUUCUUGUUCCUCUCCCUGAACCUGAAGCAAGAAGAUCGAUGUUUGAGGAACUCUUGCCCUCAUCACAGGGAGUGGAGCUACCUUAUGAGAUAUUGGUGGAGAAAACAGAAGGUUAUUCUGGUUCUGAUAUCCGUCUUGUGUGCAAGGAGGCAGCAAUGCAGCCCCUUAGACGAUUAGUGGCUAUUCUUGAGGAGAAGGGUGAUGCGCCCGAAGAAGAGUUGCCAGGUGUUUGUCCAGUGAGACCAGAGGAUGUAGAAACUGCUCUAAGAAACACAAGACCAUCUGCUCAUCUUGAUGCAAACAGAUACGACAAGUUCAAUGCGGACUAUGGAAGCCAAAUUCUUCAUUGACAAUCCCAGCACCCCGACGGUUUUGUAAAUUUUGUACCUUUGUAUUUAUUUUCUGUGGAUUUCUCGGCCGUGGCUUGUUACUAUAUUGGAAGACUAAAGGUGUAAUUUCUUUGGGGUCUCAACCCCAUUCCAUAGAGUCUUAUGAACUUUCGGUUAGGAUAUUGAUAAAGUGAAAAAAGCACAAAGAAACUAUACUCAGGGCUAAGGUUUUUAUUUUCUUUUUGGUGUAGCAUAACCGUUAAUUCCGAUUUUAAGAGGCUGGAUACAUGCCCUGCUUUCCCAUGGGUCGAUAAAUUCUUUUUUUUGGGAGCUGUACGAAA